CCACGAGUGGGGCAGACAGCAGCUCCAGGAACAGUGUUGGGAGCUAAUUAUGGCAAGAACACACAUCCGUUCACACAGUUUGAUGACCUCAGCAGUUCGGAGGGCGACCUAGAUGAAGGAUUUGGCUCCACGUGGUUUCCUUCAUCCUGAGGUAUUGGGGGGAUAUAGCAGGUGCAGGGGAGCACAAUGGAACCGCUCUGUACGAAUCGCUGUUCUCGGCCCUCAUGCCUCUGGACGUUACUGGUGGCCUCGCACUUAGCCGUGAUUGGCCACGCCAAGGGGGCGCUACCUCCCUUCAGGACUUUUGAGGUUUCCGACACGAGCCUGACCCACCUGGUCGUCCACAACAAAACUGGAGUCGUCUACGUCGGCGCGGUGGACAAGAUCUACAAGCUGGCGGACAACCUGACCAUGCUGCGGUCCCAUGUGACCGGCCCGGUGGAGGACAACGAGAAAUGUUACCCGCCUCCCAGCGUGCAGUCCUGCCCGCACGCCCUGGCGCUGACCAGAAACGUCAACAAGCUGCUGCUCAUCGACUACAAGCAGAAUCGCCUCAUCGCCUGCGGCAGCGCCUUUCAGGGUAUAUGCCAGUUCCUUCGCCUGGAUGAUCUCUUCAAGCUUGGGGAGCCUCACCAUCGCAAAGAGCAUUACCUGUCCAGUGUCAAUGAGGCAGCCACCAUGUCGGGUGUGAUCAUUGAGGGACCCAAUGGGACCAACAACAAACUCUUCAUCGGCACCCCCAUUGAUGGCAAAUCGGAAUAUUUUCCCACCCUCUCCAGCCGAAAACUAAUGGACAAUGAGGAAAACGCGGAGAUGUUUGGCUUCGUCUACCAGGACGAGUUUGUCUCCUCACAACUGAAGAUCCCUUCGGAUACUCUUUCCAAAUUCCCAGCCUUUGACAUCUAUUACAUUUACAGUUUUAGUAGCGAGCAGUUUGUCUAUUACUUAACCCUGCAGCUUGAUACUCAGUUGACGUCUCCCGACUCCAACAGCGAACAGUUCUUCACCUCGAAGAUAGUCCGGCUGUGUGUAGAUGAUCCCAAGUUCUACUCGUAUGUGGAGUUUCCCAUUGGAUGCCUGAAGGACGGGGUGGAAUACCGCCUCAUCCAAGAUGCCUACUUAGCCAAGCCUGGAAAAUUCCUCGCCCGGUCUCUGGGUGUCUCCGAGAAAGAGGACAUACUCUUCACCGUCUUUUCCCAAGGCCAGAAGAAUCGGAUGAAGCCACCCCGGGAGUCUGCCCUCUGCCUCUUCACCCUGAGGAAAAUCAAACAAAAGAUUAAGGAACGGAUUCAGUCGUGCUACAGAGGGGAAGGCAAGCUCUCGUUACCCUGGCUUCUCAACAAAGAACUAGCCUGCAUUAAUUCCCCUUUGCAAAUUGAUGAUAAUUUCUGUGGACAAGAUUUUAAUCAGCCGCUGGGUGGCACAACGCUAGUGGAGGGCAUCCCGCUGUUUAUUGACAAAGAGGAUGGCAUGACCUCCAUCGCUGCCUAUGACUACAGGGGCCACACGGUCGCCUUUUUCGGGACCAGAAGUGGAAAGAUGAAAAAGAUUCUGGUCGAUUCUGUCAGCCCAGGCCCCGCAGGUCCAAUGCUGUAUGAAAACGUAACGAUUACUGAGGGGAGCCCCAUCCUCCGGGAUUUGGUGUUCAGCCCUGAUUUCCAGUACAUCUACGCCAUGAGCGACAAACGGGUGAGCAGAGUGCCGGUGGAGAGCUGUGAGCAGUACGAGAGCUGUGAGCUGUGCCUGGGCUCCCACGAUCCACACUGCGGCUGGUGUGUCCUCCACAAUGUAUGUUCUCGGAAGGACAGGUGUGAUCGAGCCAAUGAGUAUCAGCGUUUUGCCUCGAAUCUUCGACAGUGUGUCCAACUGAGCGUCCAGCCCAGGAAUAUCUCGGUCACCAUGUCCCAGGUUCUGCUGGUUUUACAAACCCGCAAUGUCCCCGACUUGUCCACAGGAGUGAACUGUUCCUUUGAGAAUUUCACUGAGACUGAGGCUCGGAUAAUGGAUGGCAGGAUCUAUUGUCGGUCUCCCUCCAUCAGAGAAAUUGCCCCGAUCACGAGAGGCCAGGGAGACAAGCGGGUUGUGAAACUGUACCUGAAGUCCAAAGAAACUGGGAAGAAGUUUGCCAGCACUGACUUUGUGUUUUACAACUGCAGCGUUCACCAGUCCUGCCUCGCGUGUGUGAAUGGCUCCUUCCCUUGCCACUGGUGCAAAUACCGACACGUUUGCACCCAGAAUGCAGCGGACUGCUCGUUCCAGGAGGGUCGAGUCAGCAUCUCGGAGGAUUGCCCACAGAUCCUGCCCUCGACGGAGAUUUUUAUCCCGGUCGGAGUGGUCAAGCCAAUCACGCUCGCUGCCAAGAAUCUACCCCAGCCGCAAUCAGGCCAACGCAGCUAUGAGUGCAUCUUCGACAUCCAGGGGACCAUGCAUCGCGUGCCAGCUCUCCGGUUCAACAGCAGCAGCGUGCAGUGCCAGAACACCUCAUAUACGUAUGAAGGAAAUGACAUCAGUGACCUUCCUGUGGAUCUCUCCGUCGUGUGGAAUGGGAAUUUUGUCAUCGACAAUCCCGCCAAUAUUAAAGCUCACCUCUACAAGUGCACCGCCCUUCGGGAGAGCUGUGGGCUGUGUCUGAAAGCUGAUCCAAAGUUCGAGUGUGGUUGGUGCGUCCCGGAGAAAAGGUGCAUGCUGCAGCAGGAUUGCCAGGCGCCGUCGAGAAACUGGAUGCACCAGAGCAGGACAAACAGCCGAUGCACUGACCCCAAGAUCACCAAGCUGGUACCGGAGACUGGGCCCAAGGAAGGAGGAACCAGGUUGACGAUUACUGGAGUGAACCUGGGCUUGACGUUCUCAGAGAUCCGUUAUGGGGUACAUGUUGGACGGGUGAAGUGUAUUCCCAUUCCCGAGGAGUACAUCAGCGCAGAGCAGAUUGUGUGUGAUAUGGAGCCAGCCGUGCCUCAGACAGCGAAGAAAGGAUUUGUGGAGGUUUGCGUUGUGGACUGCAAUGACGAGUAUCGGGCAAUCUCAUCAGAACCUUUCACUUUUGUGACUCCGAGAUUUAACAGGGUGAUCCCGUCCCAGGGACCUGUGUCUGGAGGCAGUCAGGUGACGAUCGUGGGGGUACACCUGGAUGCAGGAAGUUCAGUGAAAGCUUACGUUGGAGACAAUGCCAUCUGUCAAUUCAAAAGGAGAACCUCCGGGGAGAUUGUCUGUAUCACAGCUGCAUCGGCAAAGGGAACAGGCCCAGCCUCCAUCAGAGUCCACAUCAACAGAGCUGAGCUGUUAAACCCCAACGUACAGUAUAACUACACGGAGGAUCCCACCAUCUCCAAGAUUGAGCCCGAAUGGACCAUUUCCAGUGGGGGGACGCCACUCAUUGUGACUGGAACCAACCUCGUCACCAUACAAGAGCCAAAGAUUCGGGCCAAAUAUGGCAGCGUGCAGUCCGCAAAUGAAUGCAAGGUGUUAAAUGACACUGCCAUGAUCUGCAAGGCUCCAUCCAUCGCAAACAGUGGGCGAACCUCCCUGGAAAGUCCAGCUCAGCCUGACGAGAUUGGCUUUGUCAUGGACAACGUGCAGUCGGUGCUGAUCAUCAAUGGGACGGGAUUCACUUAUUACCCGGACCCCGUCUUUGAGAUGCUGAGUCCGUCCGGAAUUGUUGAGCUCAAGCCCAGCUCGCCAGUUAUACUGAAGGGAAGGAACCUGAUUCCCAAUGCUCCUGGAAACGUCAAGCUGAACUACACGGUGUUAAUCGGGGAGAAUGCUUGUGUAUUGACCGUCUCGGAGACCCAGCUCCUGUGUGAGCCGCCCAACCUGACUGGCGAGCACAAGGUUAUGAUUAAGGUGGGCGGUCUGGAAUUCUCGCCGGGCAUGCUGCACAUCUACUCAGACAGGCUCCUCACCAUGCCAGCUGCCUUGGGCAUUGGUGGAGGGGGUGCCCUCUUGCUGCUCAUUAUCGUCAUUGUCCUCAUCGCCUACAAGAGGAAGUCGCGAGAUGCAGACCGCACUCUGAAGAGACUCCAGCUUCAGAUGGACAACCUGGAAUCCCGUGUGGCUCUGGAAUGCAAGGAAGCAUUUGCCGAACUGCAGACCGAUAUUCACGAGCUCACCAGCGACCUGGAUGGUGCCGGCAUCCCGUUCCUCGACUACCGAACCUACGCCAUGAGGGUCCUGUUCCCGGGAAUAGAGGAUCACCCAGUCCUCAAGGAGAUGGAGGUGACAGCGAAUGUGGAGAAAGCCCUCACUCUCUUUGGCCAGCUGCUCAACAAGAAGGUCUUCCUGCUGACCUUCAUCCGCACCCUGGAGGCUCAGCGAAGCUUCUCGAUGCGUGACCGGGGCAACGUGGCCUCGCUGAUUAUGACCGCCCUCCAGGGUGAGAUGGAGUACGCUACCGGGGUCCUCAAGCAGCUCCUCUCGGACCUGAUCGAGAAGAACCUGGAGAGCAAAAACCACCCGAAACUGCUGCUGCGGAGGACUGAGUCUGUUGCUGAGAAGAUGCUGACUAAUUGGUUUACCUUCCUGUUGUACAAGUUCCUUAAGGAAUGUGCCGGGGAGCCACUCUUCAUGCUGUACUGUGCCAUCAAGCAACAGAUGGAGAAAGGACCCAUUGACGCCAUCACUGGGGAGGCGCGUUACUCUCUGAGUGAAGACAAGCUUAUUCGCCAGCAAAUUGACUACAAGACGGUGACCCUGAACUGUGUGAACCCGGAGAAUGAGAAUGCCGCUGAGAUUCCUGUCAAGGUGUUGAACUGUGACACUGUCACGCAAGUGAAGGAUAAACUGUUGGACGCGUGUUACAAAGGUGUCCCUUACUCGCAACGCCCAAAGGCAGCGGAUAUGGAUCUCGAAUGGCGCCAGGGAAGGAUCGCAAGGAUAAUUCUCCAAGAUGAAGAUGUGACGACAAAGAUAGAUAAUGACUGGAAACGUUUGAAUACAUUGGCACACUACCAGGUUACAGAUGGAUCUUUGAUAGCACUUGUACCGAAACAGACCUCAGCCUAUAAUAUCUCCAAUUCCUCCACUUUCACUAAAUCUCUCAGCCGUUACGAGAGUAUGUUGCGCACUGCCAGUAGCCCGGACAGUCUGCGGUCUCGGACCCCCAUGAUCACCCCAGACCUGGAGAGCGGAACCAAACUCUGGCACCUGGUCAAGAACCACGAUCACAUGGACCAGAGGGAAGGGGACCGAGGCAGCAAGAUGGUGUCUGAGAUCUAUCUGACCCGCCUCUUGGCCACCAAGGGAACUCUGCAGAAGUUUGUGGAUGACUUGUUUGAGACAAUAUUCAGCACAGCACACAGGGGGAGUGCCCUUCCUCUUGCAAUUAAAUACAUGUUUGACUUUCUGGAUGAACAGGCUGACAAACACCUGAUCACUGACCAUGACGUGCGACAUACCUGGAAGAGUAACUGUCUACCUCUACGAUUUUGGGUGAAUGUUAUCAAAAAUCCGCAGUUUGUGUUUGACAUUCACAAGAACAGUAUUACAGACGCCUGUCUCUCAGUGGUAGCCCAGACGUUCAUGGACUCCUGUUCCACCUCUGAACAUAAACUGGGCAAGGACUCGCCCUCCAACAAACUACUGUACGCGAAAGACAUUCCAAACUACAAAAACUGGGUGGAGAGGUACUAUGCAGAUAUCUCCAAGAUGCCUGUGAUCAGUGACCAGGACAUGAGCGCUUACCUGGCAGAGCAGUCUCGCCUACACUUGAGCCAGUUCAACAGCAAUAGUGCACUGCAUGAGAUCUACACCUACAUCAACAAGUACAGAGACGAGAUCUUAUCAACUCUAGAGAAGGAUGAGCAGGCACGGAGGCAGAGGCUGCGGAGUAAGCUGGAACAAGUGAUUGACGCUAUGGCAUGUAGCAGCUGAGGCCUCACCAGGAGAGGAGCGAUGGAGGAGAAA